AUGAAGCUCCAUACCCUAUCCCUGCUCUCUAGCUUCCUGCUUCUUGCUAGUAACAGCUUUACAUUGGCGAAUCUUGAAGUAAGAACUCUGGAGAAGCGGAGCUCACCUCCUCCGACCGAUCAAGCGUUCAUUGUCAAUGUUCUGUCCUAUGUUAAUGGCAUUCGAAGCAAGCAUGCAGCCACGGCUUUGAAUUGGGACGCAACACUUGCAUCAUUUGCCCUGAAGAAGUCCAAUGGUUGCAAGCAGGAUCAUACCGGUCCCUAUGGUGAAAACGCCUACAACUUCUGGUACAUUCCUGCCACUUCCGCGCCCAACUUUGCCGCGCAAGUACAGAGUGCAUUCAAUUACUGGAUCCGUCCAGAAGAAGUGAAUGCUUACAAGGCUGGGAAUCUCCCAGGCGCGUACCACUUCACUCAGACUGUCUGGAAGGCUUCCAAGAAGAUCGGUUGCGCUUUCAGUACUAAUCGAUGCACUCAAAACCCGAACCAAGAGUGGUGGUUUUACUGCGAGUUCAGCCCGAUGGGCAACAUUAUUCCAUACUAUCCAGGAAAUGUUACGGUCUAA